AUGGUUCUUACAACCCCAUAUCCCCACUGGAAUGAAGAAUGUCCACCGAUUUGUAAUGUUCAACGUACAACGGAGACGGCUGUCCAAAAUUAUGCAUCCUCCGAUGAUACAGUGCCAUUGUUUGACGAGGUUGGAGUAAGUGAUGAAGAUUCCGUGGAAGAUGUGGAUGGCGCAUGGGAAGGUGCAGACAAUGACUCCAGUGAUGACGAAGUUGGAGGGCAUCAUGAUAUGCAGGAGGUACACACAAAUGUCCAUAUCCCUUUCUACCAUAAUUUGCAUUUCGACAAUGAUGGUUCCAUCACUAGCCGUGAUGUUGUCGAACGUUGGCCAUUGUGGGACUUCGAAACUGCUCAUUUGGAGAAAGGAAUGAUAUUUACUGAUAAGAAAAGACUAGUGCACGUUGUUCAGUUGUAUAACCUGAAGUGCAAUCAAGAAUGCAAGGUCGUAGAAUCCAAAGGAAACAGUUGGGUGGCCGAGUGCAAGCACGGGUGCAACUGGAGGGUUCGGGCAACGAAUUUGAAAGACAAAGAUUUCUUUCAAAUUAGAAGGUUUGAAGCGCCGCAUCAGUGUGUGUACCCUAGAAUGAAUAGGGACAAUUGCAACCUCAAGUCCGAGGUCAUUGCUCAUUUCAUCAAGGCACAAAUUGCGAUAUCACCAGAAUUGCCUCUUGCUACCAUAAUUGAGGUCGUGAAGGAGAAGUUUCAGUUCACUAUAUCGUAUAAGAAAGCAUGGCUUGCAUGGACAAAGGUAGUUGCAAUGGUGUUUGGUGACUGGGACGAGUCGUACCGAAGGUUGCCUAGAUAUAUGGCUGCAUUGCAGGCAUUCAAUCCAGGCACAAUUGUCAUGUGGGACAUGAUUCCGAAUUUGCACUCUACCUCAAUCGGAACUGAAAUGUACAUGAACUAUGUGUUCUGGGCAUUUAAACCUGCAAUAGAAGGCUUCAAGUAUUGUCGUCCAGUGAUAUGCAUUGACGGCACACACUUGUACGGGAAAUACGAAGGGAAGAUUGUUGCGGCCACUGCAGUAACUGCUGUGGACAAGAUUGUACCUCUUGCCUUUGCCGUUGUUGACAAAGAGAUGAUCGAGAGUUGGGGUUGGUUCUACUAUGCUUAG